AUGUUUUCGAGGCUAUUAAGAGCACCUUCCCUUCAGAAGAUUAUGUCUAGAAACUAUAAUCUUCAUGAAUAUCAGAGUAUUCAAGUAUUAAACAAGUAUAAAGUCCCCACUCCUAUUUCUCUCGUCGCAGUAACCCCAGACGAAGCUGUUUCGCAAGCCCAAAAACUUGGAAUCCCAGAAGUGGUUGUAAAAGCUCAAGUAUUAGCAGGUGGGAGAGGAAAAGGGCAUUUCAUCCCUAGUCAGUUCAAAGGAGGAGUCCACGUAUGCCCUGUAGAUAAUGUCAGAGAAAUUGCUUCAAAAAUAAUUAUAAAUAAAAUGGCAUUCGGUCCGAGAGAAAUUGGCUUUGCCAAUUUUCUCUUCCUCAAGCAGUUUUAUUUAUGGGUUGGGUUCUCUCUCGAGAACUUCUGCACAGCAAUAGCUGUUUAACUUUGGGGAUAACCAAAGGAACAGCUCCUCAGUGCAUUCAAGAGGCUCAGAGUUUUACCUCUCAGCACAUCCCCACGGGAGGAUGACCCUUAGGCGGAGCACUCGCAGGAGCUGAGUUAAGGGAAGACAACGGCAACGCGCCGGGUGAGAUGUGCGGCGACUGGAGGCGAAGCGCUGAUAGAAGGCUUGGCUGGUGGGCUGACCACCGCGAUUCCAAGAUGGCUCCGUGACGUCACUAGUUUAGCUAAAUCCCUAUUUAUUUAGGAUGUGGCACUAGGCACCUUAAACAUCGACUAAUAAGUUAAGUUAAGCUUCAAAAAUGAUUGGGCAAACUCUAGUAACCAAGCAAACUGGUGCUAACUCCCCCCCCCUCCGUGAGUGAACAAAACCAUUAGAAAAAUCGUCAUUUUUUGACCAAAAACCCACCCUCCGUGAGUGAACAAAAAUUUUUUUAAUAGAAAAAAAUUUAAUGGAAAAAAAUUUUGAUAUAUAAGUGAUAAUUAGUAUAAUGAAAUCUAGAGCUAAUUCUGUUUAAUUUUAAACAAAUUGCGUUUUAAAACAUAAACUUUGCAAAUUAAAUUAAUAUUUGCUUCCCAAAUUUUGCAAAUUAGGAUUUUUUUAAAUUUCGAAAAAAAAAAAUUCUCUAUAAAAUUUAUAUAUAAAUUUUUAAAAAAAAAAAAUUAAAGCCCCUCCGUGAGUGAACAAAAUUUUUUUGUUCACUCACGGAGGGGGGGAGUAAGGGCAAGCCAUGCGAUCAAGUGAUGAUAGCUGAAAAACUGUCUUUGAAAAAAGAACUUUAUCUAGCAAUUUUAUUAGACAGAAAAUUUGGUGGUCCUGUACUUGUAGCUUCUCCAAAAGGAGGAAUGGAUAUAGAAGAAGUCGCUGCAAAGGAGCCGCACGAAAUCCACAAUAUCGCUAUAAACCUUCACAAAGGAAUAACUCCUGAUGUGGUGGAAAAAGCUGCAGCUGCUCUCAGCAUUGAAAAAGCACUUCUAGGAAGCUUUGAAGAAAUUCUUCGCAACCUCUAUAAGUCCUUUGCAGAGUUAGACAUGAUUCAGCUUGAAAUUAACCCGUUAGGAAUAACUGAUGAUAACAGGAUUCUUGUCUGUGAUGCAAAGCUGAAUUUCGACGAAAAUGCGUCGUUCAGACAGAAAGGGAUUUAUUCUCAAAGAGACUUAAGACAAGAAAAUCAAAAUGAAAUUGAAUCUCAAAAGCAUGGGCUUAGUUAUAUUGCAAUGGAUGGUAAUAUUGGCUGCUUAGUAAAUGGAGCUGGAUUGGCUAUGGCCACGAUGGAUUUAAUUAAAUUGGUUGGUGGAAACCCUGCAAACUUCUUAGAUGUUGGCGGCGGAGCUCAAGAAGACCAAAUUGUGAAUGCACUCAGGAUCCUUCAAACUAACGACCAAGUUGAUGGAAUUUUAAUCAAUAUCUUUGGAGGGAUCAUGAGAUGUGAUAUCAUUGCCCACGGACUUGUUUCAGCUGCUCACAAAAUUCAUUUAACAAAGCCAAUCGUCGCAAGACUCUGUGGCACAAACUGGCAGGAAGCCAAAGAAAUUAUUAGGAGAAGUGAUAUUGAUGCAAUCACUGAACAAGAUGAAGAAGAAGCUGUCAAAAAAAUUGUAGGGAUCUCAAAGAUCUUGAAUUUGUCUAAAGAAAUUAAUGUGGGAGUCACAUUUUCCCAGUUCAAAGAGGAAUAA